GAGGAGGAGGAGGAGGAGGUGAUGAAGGAGGAGCACAGCGCAGACAAACUUAUAAAAACCUGCAGGACACAAAACAGACUGAAGACCUGAACCCGAACCAAACCGAACAUGAGUCACGUGGACGUGAAGAACCUGAAGCCCUCCAAGUUCGAGGAGGAGUAUUAUGAUGAGUAUGAUUAUUACAGCCUGACCGACAAAUACGCAGAGGGUUCAGCCCGGAAAGGCAGAACCAAGAAGGAGGCCAGCGACAACACGAACCGCCACAGUCCUGCAGGACACGAGCGGAAGAUCGUGGAGAAACUUCAGAACAGCGAGAAGAAAGCCAAGGAGUGAAGCCUGAGGGCCACUCGGACGGCCUCUCCCGGACACCGACCACGGCCUCAUGGUGACGGACCGACAUGUGCAGACYGCAGGGGCCCGCUGGAGCUCUGGUGGGCGGGGUUAGACCUGGUCCAGGUGUUCUCCUCAGGAGCUCAGAGCCUGGCUCACCUGGACCUGCGGUGCUGCAGCUGGAUGAUUUUAUUUGAUCUGAACUCUUUUUAAGUGUUUUAAACAACUUGGAACGUUUUUCUGUAAACAGACUCUCACCUGCUCAGGUGAGAGAUGGGUGAUCAUGUAACUGUUGGCUGAAUGACUCACAAAUCAUUAAAUGAAUCAUUUAUGGAACUUCUCUGAAAACUGAUUCAGUUAAUUUGAAGUGGUUAAAACUCUUAAUAUAAUGAGCAAAAUGUAUUAAAGGGAUGAUUAAAUGUUUGUUUUUUCAAAAUAAAACUCAUUUGAAAGAGAAGCAGCA